AUGGCGCUGCUGCCCGGGUUGGAGCUUCUGCGGUGGCCUAAGGUGGCGCAGCUAGCCGGGUUGGAGCUUCUACGGCUACAGGCCAUGGUGUGGUGCCUUGCUGCUCGCUCGAGCCGUCAAGGGCUCAAGCAGCACGGUGCCGGCACUAUGGCGGGCGGCUCCAACAGGGACUGCUUGUCUGGCUGCCCCAGCUUCCUCCACCGUGCAGAGCCAGGUUUCUCUAUAAGGAUCGACACAUCCCGUGAGUCGAAGAAGGCUAAUGAAAAGACAAAGUAUAUCUAUGUUUGCCAGAAGGCUGGGGUCAACAAAAAAGAGAAGGUUGCUGAUGAUGGGCCAAUAACUGAGAAAAAGAUUGUGAGGCAAAGGCGUAAGGAUUAUGUAGAUAGGAUGCACUGCCCAGCUCGCAUGAUUGUGAGGAAGACAUCCCCUGGACACUGGGAGGUUGUGAACUUUGAAAGGGAGCACAACCAUGAGCGUUUAAGAAAAUUCUCGCUCACAAAAUACAUGAAGUCCCACAGAGACAUACCAGCUGAAGAGAAAGAGUUCAUCAAGUUGCUCCAUGGAUGCUGCAUCACGACAACUCGUGCUUACCAGAUAAUGGUUGAGUUGUGUGGAGGUAUUGAAAACUGUCCAUACACCGAAGGUGAUGCUAAAAAUUUGCGUGUUGAGUACCGCGCUGAAUAUAGAGGUAAAGAUGUGAAGGCGACGCUUGAGUACUUUGAAGAAUUGAAGAAGGAAGAUCCAGAAUUCUAUUAUAGUUACACUCUUGAUGAGUUUGACAGGGUUGAGAAUCUGUUUUGGGUGGAUGGUGCAGCAAGGAGAGCUUAUGAGCUGUAUAGUGAUUGUUUGUCCUUUGACACUACUUAUUUGACCAAUGCCUACAACAUGCCAUGUGCUCCUUUCAAAGGAAUUGACAGGAAUGGCAUAACAAUCCAGCUGGGUUGCGGCUUUCUGAGGAAUGAGAAGACUGAGGGUUUUGUCUGGCUGUUUACUAAAUUCAAGAAAGCAAUGGACGGCAAGGAUCCUGCAAAUAUAAUAACUGAUCAAGAUAUUGCGAUGAAGGCUGCUAUCGGAGAGGUAUUUGUCAGUUCAGUUCAUAGGAAUUGCCGUUGGCACAUUAUGGAAAAUGCUAGGAAGACAAUGGGUGCUUUCUUGGAUAGCAAGGGGGAUGGUUCGUAUGUUGCUGGUGCUAAGAUUGGGGACCCACCAAUAACAAAGAAGUAA